AUGAAUCGAAGCAGCUCACCCAAUUACAAAGAACUUUUCGAAAGAGAAACAAAGCUACGUAUACAGGCUGAGGAAGAACGACGACAGGCUGAGGAAGAACGACGACAGGCUGAGGAAGAACGACGACAGGCUGAGGAAGAACGACAACAGGCUGAGGAAGAGAGACGACAAGCCGAAGAACGAAACAGGCAGUUCACUAGAAAGACUUCUUUGCUAGAAUAUCUUCGAACCUGCCAUAACUUGCUCUCCUGCCCCUUGCACGUUAGAACUCCGUCUCGUUCUACGAAGGGCAAGAUCCCAGCCCCUCAAGGGAAGUAUUGCCCCGCUCGCCUUCUUCCAUGGACACAUUGUGCCGCUGCACAGCAGGAAAUAUACGACUCGGUUUGCAGCUACCUCCAAGCAACGAAUGACCACCCUCCCCAAUUAUUUUCGACUGUUGCGCGUCUGGAAGGCGUCGCCGACUCGUUGGAUCGUCCACUGAGCAGUGAACGGGAUCUUGAAACUUAUGAAAGACUUGCCGUUGAAAAUCAUGUGCGAGAUAUCAUUUCUGAACUCUGCAGAAUACCUGAAGCCCGGCGACGGUUUCGUCUUGGCGAUGGCGUAUGGUUUGAGAGCCAUACCAAUAGUCUAGAGGAUGACGCAGCUCAGAAUGAUGGCACUCUCUACGAUGAAGACCGAUCGUCACGACAAUGCCGGCCAAGGCCUGACCAGUUCUGUAUCCACCGAGCUGACGACAAAAAUUCUCUGCUUAUGACGGUGGAAUACAAGCCCCCUCAUAAACUGACUGUUGAAAAUCUGCGCGUGGGUCUUCAGCCACGGAUGGAUUUCUGGGAUGAUGUGGUGCAACGCAAAGAGAUACCUACCGAUGAAGCUGAGAAGUUGAAAUAUAAUGCCGAGCAGAUUGUUGGGUCAGUUCUCACCCAGGAAUAUCACGUUAUGCUUUGGGAGGGCCUUGAGAUUUCCUAUGUGACCAUCGGUCUUGCACUGGUCCUUCUCCGAAUACCUCAGGAUGACCCGGGCACGCUACUUUACUUCCUUUGCGAGCCCAAUAUGGAAAUUGAUGGGAAUGAUGAUGACAGCUAUCGACAACCAAGAACAGCUGUUGCUCGGGUGCUUUGUCUUUCUUUGAUGAGUUCUCUUUCUGCCAUCCGCGACCAUGCUUGGCGGACUAGUGCAAUGGGUCAGCUGAAUACUUGGGAGACUAGUCUUGAACUUGUACGGUCCCGAAUACCAGAUGACGAGCUCCAGCAAGCCCCACCUGGCUCAGAAUAUACGGGAUCUCCUCAUACUAGUACCGAAGGCACUGGUUCUGAAUGGCUACCUUCGUCACCCAUGCCGUCGCCCACACCACAAGGCCGUGCACAGCUUCGAUCUGGUUGUGCACCGUCGCAAGCCGUCCCUGGUCCAGAUCAGUCUUCCGAUGAUUCGGAUUCAAAUCAAACGGCGCCUGAAGCUAGACGAAAGCGGACUCUCAGCAAAGUCACGUCUUCCCCUCCUAACCAGCCAAGUAGGCCAAGAGGCUUUGGCAAUGAUCGAAGUGGGGCCCAUCGACAACAUACCGCGCAAUUUUGUACACAACGAUGCUUACUUGGGCUUCAACAGCACGGCUUGUUGGAUGACAAUUGCCCAAAUGUGGACCUGCACAGAAAGUGUGGAAAUGACGAACGGCAUCCCAUUACAAAAGAGGGCUUAGUCCAACAGCUGAAUCAACAAUUGAAUAAAGACCUGGAUCAUUAUUGCACCCCAUUGGGAGAUUGUGGGGCGUGGACGUCUGGGGCACCUUUCAAGAUUGUUUGUGUCCGAUAUGGCUACACGGUUAUUGGAAAGGGGACAACCGACCGACUCUGGAAAGAGGUGUCUAAUGAAGCAAUGAUAUAUCGUAUCCUCCAAAAAGCGCAAGGGUCCGCCGUACCAGUUUUCCUGGGAACAAUCGACCUGGCUAUGACUUAUUUCCUCCAUGGGGCGGGUGAGAUUCGACAUAUGCUGCUUAUGGCUUGGGGCGGCGAGAAAAUAAGUAGAUUGGAGCUUCCCGUGGAUCUUGAUUGUGAGCUUCGACGAUCUCGGGAAGAGAUCCACUCCCUCGGGGUGGUGCAUGGCGACCUCAAUGACGGAAAUCUACUAUGGAAUUCAGAGUUGAAGCGGAUUCUCAUCAUUGACUUCCAUGACGUGGCACUGAACCCUGGUUUGAAAAAGAGGCAGUCGAGAGCAUCAAAGAGGAAGUUGUUUGAACCACAACAUCGAGAACGAAAACGCCUUCGGAUGGCUCUGGUAUAG